AAUCAAGGCUUCGGCAUCUGCUAUGAAGUCAAGACUUUAUUAGUCUCACCCUGAAGAGUAACCAGUGUUGUGUACGGUUUGACAGCAGAAGCUCGGCUUAUUUUUAAAUAAAGGGCAGUGCUUGAAGAAUAGAAGCUUGGGGCGAGGUGCCAACCAGGUCAAACCCAUGAAUUAUUCGCACUGUAGAGACUGAAAGAGGUGCAUCAAGAGGAGUGAGUGAGUCCUUCGCAGAGAUGAAUGACAGUGCCAGUGGUGACGGACCACACCAGGAACAGCCAAUACCAGAGACGUUCUCGAAACAGAGCAGACGAGGCUAUUGUGGCUGCUGUAAAGAGUUAUAUACCUGUCUGGAACAGCACCUCCAGACCACUCGGCACCGGCAAUUUGCUGGUGAGUCCAGGAGCCAAGGACCAGCUAAAAGCCUCAUGGAACGCUUCCUGCAGGAUGUCAUCCAGUACCACCCUUCCCGAUAUAAGGACAACAGGUCGACGUACAUGGAUCUGCCAUCCAUUAGUGCCCCACUUCUCCCCAAGAAGGAGCUGGCAGACAUACACUCCUACCAAGAUGACAAGGAGACUGUUGGGACCAGGGAGGAGUUGCCUAGCACAGAUAACGAAUCCAUCCGAUCGGCGCACUUGAUGGUGGUGAAGAACGUGGCAAGUUGCAAUCGGGUUAAAGCCAGUGUAUCAUCUCCCAUGUCUGUCGGUGCUCCGCUGGGUCACAGAGACACCGCGGCUAAAGAGACGGCGUGUGGGGAACACUUGAUUGACAUCAGCUCUGUGACAUCUAAAGGCUUGGGAAGGACUGCUUUUCUGGGAGUGACUGAGGGCGUCCUCUCGUGCGGCAAAGUGGAUCGGCACGGACAUCGGAUCGAUUUGGGCCUGUACAGACCGAUGCCAAGGAAAGGAAUAAAAGACCAGGAUAAAACCAACUCGCCGGCUGUCAGCCAACCCAAGUGCGAGCCGCACGAAAACUGGAAUCCCCCUCAAACAAACUUUCCCAACGUCUCCGCAAGGCCAGAUUCUCGCUUUUCCAGGCUGCAUCACGUUACCUCUCAGGGCACCAUGGCGGGCUCUCCUCUUCCUCAACUCAGGGACUGCGCCGGGCCUGGUGGCCCACGGUGCACUGCUGGGCGAAGCCAAGCUGAGGAGUGCAGGCCACAGAACAGGAACACCGCCAACUGCCUCGGCGACCUCAGGGAGGUGAAGAUGGUGGACCGCAUCGAGGACCUGGUGUCAGAGACCAUUGAGACAGUCAUCCAGAAGUACUGCAGUAGGCGGGCACCACCAUCGCAGGACAGCGACAGUGAGAAUUCAGCAGCGGAGGUCAAGGGGGCACCUACCUUUUGUCAGCUUGAGAAGAAAAGGAAGGCAGUGGAGGCAGGCCUGCAGGGCAGUGUUCCAGGCAGGAAAUGGCCCCCUGCAGGAGAGCACAAUCCAAGUGCACCUUUGAACCGCGGCGACCUGGUCUGCAGCAGGCAGGCGAUGCGCGAUACGGCAUCUUGCUUCAAGAAGAUGCUCUCUUUAAGCCUUUCCAGUGAAAGAAAGGCCACGGGCCAGCAUCAAGCUGUGGGCGAGGACGGCAGCUCCGGCGGCAGCAUCUGUUCCCUCGGCAGUCAACUGGGGCACCUGAAGUCGACCAGCAGCUCCGAGUGGGACACUUCUGUCAAGGUGGAGAAAGACUGCUCGCGGGUGGCCAGCAAGGACUUGGAGCUGCUGACGGACACCCAGAUAACCCUCGACGACCGAGGCUACAAAACCCAGCUGAGCUCCGUCCUGCGCUUCCGGCCGGAGGAGUGUGACAAAAUGGAAGAGGAGGGCCCCGCCCGCUCAGAGAGCCGCAUGAAGGCGGAAGACGGGCAGCAAGCUGCUGAAGGCGAUUGGAAGCUUCGGUCGCUGCCCUGCGUGCCCGCGUCUUUCGCCGGGAAGACCUGGUCGGAAAUCAUGGCAGAGGAUGACCUGAAGGUGGAGGCGCUGGUCAAGGAGUUCAAGGAGGGGCGGUACUUGUGUUACUUUGACAGCGAGUCGUUGGCCAACUGCGGCAAGAAGCAACGCAGAAAGCACCAGUCCUGCUCCAAAGACGCUCCGCAGGCCCCUUCUAAGGCAUCGGCCGAAACCACUGGGGCUUUGCCCCACUUGCAGGAAGUCAAUGACAAGGCGGCGCCCGAGCCGGAAGCCUGUAGGCCAGAGGUGGGCAAGAAGCCGGGCCUGAGGCAUUGCCGGCUGGCAUCCCGCUGCCAGGUGGUGAAGGUGAGCCAUGGCACCCAGACCAGCGAGGCCAGCUACCCGGUGGUCAAGAAGAAGUCAAGGCGGGCGGAGCAGGAGCCCGAGAACGUGUGGGUCGGUGCCGAGGCUGAGGCCGAGGACAGGCCUGGUGCCAAGGCCAGGCUGUGCUCAGUGCGGCUGCCCAGGGCCUACCGUAAGAUCAUGAGCCCAGUGCAGCCACGGACCAUCAUCUACGUGCUGUCGUCACCAGACUUUGCAUCGGCCACGCAGGCUGCCUGCCACGAGGCCAAGAGAACCUCGAAGGCGUCCGAUGAUGGCGCCAGCCCAGCCAAGUACAAGUACAAGAAGUCACCGGUCAGGUACUAUGAUCCAACCACCAACAGGAUCGUCAGAACGCCGCCCGGAGCCCGCCAUGUGCGGCAGCUCUUCAGGAGCCUGAGCCCGGACAUCAAUACAGGACACCUUGCCAACAAGUUGCGGAUCAAGGCUGCAGGAGGAGGAGCGGGCCCCACCGCGGCGCUCCCCCAUCCGGGUAACAACCAGGCCUCAGGCCUGUGGCCUACUGCCGCUGCCACUGCCCCCUCGUCCUCUUCACUCAAGGAGCGGCCUCCUGGCGAGGGCCCUGGCAGUGAGUGCCCGUCCAAAAGCACCGGCGCAGCCUCCAACCCCCGCCAGCCAUCCCAGUCCCGUUCACUGUUUGGCUCGGACGGGGGGCUGAGGCCUCGGCCCGCUCCUCCUCAGCACCAGUGCCGCCCUCGCCGCCGCCACCACCACCACCUCCUGUCAGAGUCCAAGAGCGGCCUCUUGUCACCGCUGAGGAAGGAAACGCCUGAGUCGCCUUUCGGCAAGCUCCAGGUGUACGUGGGUCCCAGGAGCCGGAAGCCUCCGGACAAGCAGGGCCCGAGGCCAGGCUCCGGAGAAGGACGGGUGAUGGGCUGCGGGGAGGAGGAGGAGGAGGAAUUGGAGGACGGUGAUGGGGAUGAGAUCAAGGAGGAUGGUGCCGCUGGAGCUCCUCCGGGGCCCCGGCCCAGCCUCAGGGGCACCUUGUCCUGCUCUGACACAGGUCGGUCCACCGCCAGCCCCCCACCCAGCCACAGGCCCCGCCUCAGGCCUGCUUCCAGGGAAGCUGCCUCGGGCAGGAAGGCGCUGCGGAGGGAGGCCGAGGUGAUGGUUGUCCCCCGGCAAAGUUCUCGCCAGGCCACCCGCAAGAGAAAGUGAGCCCCUUGCCCUACAUCAUCCUCCAUUUGUGGGGCUGGGACAGCCUCCUGUCUGCCUCUGACUUUCUACCACCAACACCUCCAAGGCCCAUUUUUGAACUUGCCCUCCCUUCCAUUGUCCGCCUGUCUAAAGCUUUGGGUGUUUUUUUUUACUAUUUCUAUUUGUAUCAAGUACUUCAGGGAAUUUGCAGCUGAAACACACACAAAAAAAUUGCAGCCUGUAUUUUUAUAAAGAGCCCUGGUGUUUUUCUUUACAGUGUCUUGAGUCCAAACAUUGGAGCACUGAGCGAUUUGUUACAAACAACACCUCGGAUGAUUUUUGUAGUUUUAGAUGCUUUGGAUCCGGCUAGCCAGACUUGUUAUGACACAUAUUUGGAGGGGAUGAGACUUGAACCCAGACGUUCUGGGUAGGGGUACAGCCACUAUGCCACAUUGUUCAUGUUUUCAGUGUCUGGACUGUUGGGUCCACCUCAUCUAAACUAGGGUUUAAGCUGCUAGGUUUCAGUUCUCUCCUUUCACCUUCCUUCUGUCUAUUUCCCAACCCCCUCACCUUCUAUCUAUUUCUCCAACACCCCUCGCCUUCUGUCUCUUUUCACAUCUUUUCCCUCACCCGUCGCCUUCUAUCUCCCCACCCUCCAACAUUGAGAUUCCCCUUUUAAGUUAGUGUGCCAGGUUCCCAGAGGAGAACACACGGCUAUCAGACAAUGGAGAGACAACUUGUGCUAAGCUUCUAACCAAAGAGCCUCAUCUUACCUGAGUGGCCCUACCACUGAGGCAGGAGGCCCGGGUUCGAGUCCCACUUGCUCCAUGACGUCUCUGAACAGGUUGACUCGAAAAUAGCAAACAGUUUUGUUAACCAGCACCUUGCAGGGCCAAGAGUGGUUGAUCCAAUAUUCCAGAUGAUCAAAAGCUCCACACAGUCAAUGUAAAAACACGCAGUAAUAGAAGUGUAAUGCAGGGGAUAUACACAUCGCUGUUGCACGUUAUUUACAGCAUAAAUCACUUACGUGAUAAUGUAACUUUGCCUGAACGAAAACCUAACAGUUUCUC